GCUCCAUUUAGCCUGGUGUUCUGUUCAGCUGUUCUCCUUCUACUGAUGAUAUACUUUGUCCUGUCUAUAAAUGUUUAAUCCUGUUUCUCUCUUAGAAAUAGUGGAUGACUGAGCUGUUACCACAACUAACUGUAUGUGCUCUCUUUUAUCAUCUGGACUUGAAAGCUGCCUCAGAGCGUGUCUGUUUAGCUGUGUUUCUUUUCUAGAUGAAUCCAUUAAAGGAGCCAGUACUGGCGAUGUCCUUUCACAUUUUCUCUCUAACAAAAAGUACUCCUCUGUCUGUGCUUCUCUAUUUUUUGUGUGUAUGCUCUGUCUUUUCAAACCUUCAGGUGGUUAUGACAGAACUAUGUCCUGCUGGACUGUUCUCCUUGUUAAAGGGGAGUUUUCCUUCCCACUGUCGCUACAUGCUCGGUAGGUGGGAUUGCUGCAGAGUCAGUGGCACAGAAACUUUCCACAUGCUUAUCCUAAAGGAGGGAAUGUUACAAGUCAAUGACUGGAUGCAAUCUGUUGGGCUUUCUUAGAAUAUGCUUCAGCCGCUUUGAAUAAUAAACCGGACAUGUCCUGCCUUUUUUGAUAACUAGAAUAAAUUGGAGCGAAUGUACUUGGCUUUAAAUUCGUCUGUAUGAUUAAAUUGAAAAGAUUUUCUUUUAAUAAAGUGCCUUGAGACGGUAUUGUGAAUUGGUGCUGUGUAACUAAACUGAAUUGAAUUAUUUGAUAUCGCAUGUCUGCAGGAGUGCCAGCCUAAGCCAAGUGAACUCUUUGCUACGGGAACAACUGGACCAGAUGCAUGCCUCCCGGUCGAGUCAUGAACAGGCUCGUGUCAGGACACUGUGGCGCCAGGCCGCCUCCCUGCGGAGCACUUUCACCCAGCUAAAGACUUUCACUGACAGAACUCUGUCAGAUAUGCGAGGUGAGUGUGUUGCUGUUUGUCAACUGCUUCAUGUUGCGUGUAAGAACUUAGACCCAGGAGUACCAGAGAGGCGCCCUAGUUGUGGGUCGGAAAUGUCUGCACUUGAGAUGCAGCUGAGGAACAAGCUGAGGGAGACCAUGCAACUUCAGGUUUGCUGGGAUGCAGAGAAAGUUGGACUAAACUCCAGAAUCUUGGAGCUGACUGACACCUUGAACCACUUCCAGAACCAGAACAGUGAGAAGGAUGUAAGCCUCCACACCAUGCAAGUCAGUCUGGAGAGGAUGGAGACGAAGAGAGCCGAGGAUAAAGCAGAGAUGGCAAUGCUGCACACAGAGGUCCAAGCCUUCCAAACCAUUUUAGACCAAAUUCAUCAGUUGGUUGGCAGCGAGGGGGGAAACCCUGACUCUGAAAAUAUGCUACCUUCACCUCACCAUGGCAAGUUCCCACCAAAGAACAGUACCCUCAUGGCUGUGCAGGACGUGCUCUCCAAACAUGUUAAAGAAUCACAGGAGAUGCACAGCGGUUUGAAGGCUGCUCUGGAGCAAGUGAACGCAUUUAAAGAUCAACUUGAAGAGCAGCGUGUCGAGAGGACCAAGCUGGAGCAGAUGAUCCAGGAAACACAGAGAGAAAAUCAGGAGGCUAAAAAGGCCCUGGAGGAAAGCCUCAAAGAAAACAGCAGAAGUCGCUGCACACUGGAGCUCAUCUCUAAUGAGAAAGGAAGCCUGGAGAAGCUGCUUUGGGGGCUGCAGCAGGAGGUGGACUCCCAGCGAGCUGAGCUGGAUGUACUGAGGAGUUCGUCAUCGGACCUCCAGAGACAACGAGACCUCCUGAGGCAGCAGAGGGAGGACCUGGAAGUGCAGCUGUCACGCCAGCGCACGGAAGCCUGCAGAGGGGAAAAGGCUUUUCAGGAACUUGAAAGAAAGUACUCUGAUCUACGGAGGGAAUUUAUUACGGUCAAGGAAUCUCUGGAUAAAGUCACUCUGCAGAAGGAAAUGCUGGAGGAUGACAAAGCCAGCCUUUCUUUGGCUCUAAACAAGGUAGAGCGUCAUAGUGCUGCACAGGAGAGUCUUCUGAUCAAACUGCAGAGUCAGCAUGCUACCUUAAAGGAUUCUCUCGUUAAAAUGGCCGCCCUCAGUGAAGGUCUGGCCAAAGACAAGGUGGAGCUUAAUCGCGUCGUACUUCAGACAGAAGGGGAGAAAACAGAGAUUAGCGAGCGUAGAUGUGAAGCCGAAGGGAAGCGGGCGGCAGCCAGAGAGGAUGCAGCACGGGCACAAAGGGAGAUGAUGAACCUGCUGGCAGAGAAGCAAGCCUUCGAAAGCUCCCACCUUCAAAUGCAAGAUCUCUGCCAGAAGCUGGAAGCAGAGCUGAGCCUCCUGUGCAGGGAGAGAGCCGAGGCCCUGGAGAGGCAAUCAGAGGUCAAAAGGCAGAUGCUGACUCUACAAGAGGAGUUCUGUGCUUGCAGGAAGGAGUUAGAUGAAAAGACCACCGCUGUAAAGAGAGCUGCCCAAGAUGUAGAGGAGCUGGCCAAGGACAAGGCGGCUCUGGAAGUGGAGCUAAACUCUGCGGACCGAAAAGUCUGUGGUCUCACGCAGGAGCUCAUUGCACUGAGAGCGGAGAAGAACUCCCUGGAGACAGCUAUAUUUGAGAGCCAGGAGCUUUCAGCAUCUCUGGAGGCCGAGCUCACCAGGUUGGAGGGUGAAAGAUGCAGCUUGAGUCUGGCUAACGAGGCCUUGACGCGUGAGGCUGCCCGGAUGAGAGCGGAGGCUGAACAACGGUUACAACAAGUUGCAAAACAACAAAGAAUGUUCGAGGGAAAACUGGCAGAGGUGGAAAGGAAUGCCCUUUUGAUGCUGAACAAUAAAGAGCAAAUUCACAGAGAUCAGCUGGAAGCUGAACAUAAAAAAACGGAGCAGCAGUUUGCCGAGCUCAUGCUUCAACAGCAGCAGAUUGAAGAACAGCUGCGAACGCAGUGUGAAGAGCUGCGUGCGCACAACCAGGGGGCGCUGCAGCAGGCGCAAGAUGAGCUGGCAAAGCUGCAGAAGGAGUUCAGCCAAAGCCUCCUACAGGCUGAAAGCGAAAAGCAACAGGCUUUGUUCCAACAGGAAGCUGAGAAAGCUGCCCUUACAGCAAAAGUAAUAUCCCUACAACAGGAUCUGGCCACAGCCAGUAUGGAGAUGGAGCGUAUACAGAGGGAAGCCAUCAGCAAACAAGAACAGGACAAGAAUGCAGCGAUUGUUAAGUGUGAGCUGAAGGACUUACAAUAUCAGUUUCAAGAAUCACUGGCCUCCCAUCAGAGUGCUAGGAAAGGCCUCAUGGAGCACAUCAGAGAACUGAACCAACAGGGAGAAGAAGCAAAGCAAGAGUUAGAGGGUCUUCGCCAUCAGCUGCAGGAGACAGAGGGUGAUCUGCUUAAAGGACAAAAAGAUCUGACUCAGUCUCAUAGAGAGCUUCAAGGCUGUGUGGAAGAGCGAGACAAGUUACGUAAAGAAGCACUUGAACUAAGGCGAAUACUGGCCGAUGAAAGCAGAGAGAAAGAAGCCAUCCAGGUUUCUAACCAGGAGUUCAGAGCUUUCAUCAAAAGAGCGGAGACGGACAAUAACAGCCUAAGACGAGCUUUAGAAGAGAAGGAACAUAAUGAGUCCAUCUUGGAACAAUCUAGGAGCUCAACACAUGAAGAAGCGACCACUCUUAGGAGCACCAUGAGGGAGCUGGAGAAGUCUCAUCUCCGGGCACGCAGAGAGCUGCAAGAGCUGCGUAGACAGAUAAAGGUCCUUGAAAGCAGGAACAAGCAACAGAGCCAAGAACUGCUGGAGCUGCAGGGGCAAAUAAGUCAGGAGGAACAGAGGGAAGAGGAGGCGCGGCGGGAGGCCUAUGCGCUCAAUCAGACAAUGCUUGAGUGUGAGGCUGCCAAAGAGGCAGCACUCAGUGAGGUUUCAGGUCUGCAGUGCUGUGUGAGGGAACUGGAAACAGCCGAGCAGCAACGCCAAGAGCUGCUGCAUGAAAAAGAAGCCUAUCAGCAGCAGAGUGACCAGAGGCACAGAGAAACCGCAGCUCAGCUUGAGGAAGUGCUCGAGGAUUCCAAGACCCAAAUCAAUGACCUUUCUGUGAAGCUCAGUCUGGCUGAAAACAGGGCCCGAAGCCUGGAGGAGCAGCUAAAUCUAAGCAAAGCUAAAUGUCUGGACUUGGAGCACCAGCUGGCAGGGCUGUAUGCAGCUUUGCACAGCACUGUUGGUAUCAACCAUAUGAGGCUAUGUCACAGACGUGGUUCAAAAGAACGAUCUCCCUCCAGGAGACACUUCCAUUGGAAAGAGGGAGAGUAUGGGCCAGAAGAAUCUGGGCCGUCCUUGCUUAGUUCUGAAGACGAAAAAUUAAAUGUGAAAUCUGUGCAAACGGCUCUUCGGGAUUUUAUGAAAGAACUCAGGGACGCCCAAAGAGAAAGGGAUGAAGCCCAGGCUCAGAUAGUUUGCCUGAGUCAGCAUGUGACUGACCUGAAAGCCUCUCAGGAGAAGCUGCUAGACCAGACGCUGGAGCUACAGAGCUCUCUGAGGCUAUCAGAGAAGGGAAAAGAAGAAAUGGCACAACAGUUGCUUGAGGCGCACGCUUCCCUUACCCUGCAGCAUGAUGUAGCACAUUGUGAAAAGAAGGAAAGCAGAAACCUUGAAACUCAGUUGGCUCAGCUCAAGAGCAGUCUGCAAGUUACUCAGACUAAGUCCAGGUCACUGCAGGACAAGUUGGAGGUCCUGCAGGGGUUAGAAACAUGUGCAAAUGCUGAAAAGCAGAAGCUGAAAAAGUCUCUGGAGGCAGCAGAAAGCAGGGUGAGCCGUCUGGAGCUUUCUCAGUGCACUCUCCGGGGCGAGCUGCAGCGGGCCCACCUCAGGACGGCGGAGCUGGAGGCAGAGGCCGGGGCGCUGCAGGAAAGGCUGGCAGACGCGAGGAAAAACCUGUGUGAGAGUGAAGACCGCUGUGCAGCGCUGAGGCUCAGCGAGGAGAGGCUGGCUGUGGCGCUGGCCAGAGCCGAGCAGCAUGAGAAUGUGUUGAGAGAGCAGAUUCACACGCUUUCUAAAAGCAUAAGUGUGAACAGGAGGAACACUGAAGGUCUGCAGGAGCAAGGCACAGAGCUGCAAAGGGCUCUGACUGCCAGCGAGGAGGACCGCAGGCUACUGCAGGAGCGUUUGGAUAAAACACGGGAUGCACUUUCAGAAAGUAAGAGGCUGAACUAUGCACUCACUGAACAGACCCAGAACCUUAACUCAGCUCAAGAAGAUUCGGCGCUCAGAAUUUCUGAGCUGGAGAAAACCAACAGGACGCUGAAGGAGAGUCUGAAGCAACAGGAGGAGGCUCAACUACAAACGUCCAUGCAACUCGAAAGAGAGAAGAAGGAACUCCAAGAAAAGCUCGCCGACCAGCAGAGAUCUUUGCAGAUGCUCCACAAUGAGAAAGCCAAGAUGGAGAAGGGGUUGACACACCUAAGCAAAGACAGGUCUGCACUCAGAAAAACGCUAGAGAAGGUGGAGAUGGAGAGACUGAGGAAAGAGGAGGAGGUAUUAUCUGUUGCAAGGGAGAAGGCUCAGCUGGAGCAGCUCCUCCAAAGCCUGGAGAAAGAGCUGACUGAUGAGCAGAGAGUAGUUCAGACUCUUAAGGUCCAAAUCUCCGACUUGGAGCAUGCUCAUGCACAGCACCUCCUGGAGGUGACAGCCCAGCAUCACAGGGAACUGCAUUUAGAGACAGAGCGCCUGAGGGACAGUCAGCUCCAGGCAGAGCUGGCCCUGGAGACCAGAGAGGUGGCACAUCGCCAGAGGGUCAAAUGCCUGGAAGAACAGGUACUGACUCUCAAGGAGCAGCUUGAUCAAGAGACAAGAAGGCGUCAGCAAUAUUUCAUUCAGAUGCUCCAACCUGGUGUGUAGGCAGUGAAGUAUGUGGCGCCUGUGUGUUCUUCCUUCACUGUCCUGCUGGCAGCUUCCCAGCACCUGGACGUCUCGACCCACAGGCCUACCCGGAGGCACACAAGCACACUCCCAAGGCCUUCACAGCCACCCUGGACCACAUGUGCUCGCAGGAUUACAUUAAUCUGCGAGAAAGCUCAACAACAACAAACAAUAAGCACGUUGUUUAGAAGUGAACUGGAUGUGCCAAAUUGUUAGCAGGAUUUCUUUUUUUUUUUUUUUUUUUUUUGUGGCUGAGAAAAAAAAAUUAUCUGUCUGAUUAUGCUGUGAUGAUGGUGGUGAAAACCUUUCACUAGUUAGUUAGUACCUUCUUAUUUUAGAUUUGAUUAUUUGUAUACUCGUUAGUAUACUCACAAUCCAAAUGAGAAUAACUCCCUUUUUCUUUUUCAGAAUGAAUGCAAAUAUCAUGUUGAAUUGUUUGAAGGUUUUGGAUCAUGUGUGAUAUCAUGUAGAAUGUUGCCAUGUGCUGUAAUUGCCCAAAUAAAUGCGAAUGUGUUUAAAA